AUGUCCUCCAAAGAGGACAUUCUGCGACUUGUCGCAGAGUUUAUCAAGAAACACACCGCCAGUCAGCCCAAGGAUCUCCAGCGCAUUAUUCUUGGCGUCGACCAAUUUCCACCCGAACCUGAAAUUCAUCUUCCCUUUACGACAUGGGACUUUCUCGCCGGCAAUCCGACCUUUGCCUCACCGUCCAACAUCAGACAGUUUAUCGAUGCCGGAUGGAAGCUAACCACAAACAUCUCCCACAACUUUACCUUCCUCGCUUAUAUGUUUGCAAUUCCGAUUUUUGCGACAAUUUCCAUUGGCCUCAUCACCAACUUGCUCGUCGUGCCCAAGUCUUUUCGCCGGUCCAAUGCCUGGUGUGGCCUCGCAACCAGUCCAAUCUCCGUCUUAAUCCUCAUCACUACUCUCUUCGGUAAUGUUCCCCUGGUCACCUUUUACCCCGGGUACGCUCGCCCGCUCCUGCCGCCUCGCCAAGUCCCCUUUGGCCAGUAUGACGGUGUUGUCGCCCAAUUGCUUCGCGGUGCUGCCGUCUACGAGGCUUUCGAGCUCUUUGUUGUCAUUUGCUACGCGUUCUUCCGUCGUCGUCGCCCCGACCCCUCUCCCCGAGCCACCCUCAUGGCCUGGACAGUCCGGAUAGUCGGCUUCGCCUUGCGAUUGUGGUUCACUCGCGUGUCUAUUGACACUGCCACGAGCCUCAGUCCAAGUGGAGCUUAUUUCUGGAAGUGGGGGUCGUAUACGCUGCACACCGAGACCGUUCCUCAGACAGCAGCCGAAUUUUGGGACGACCUCUACAUCGCGUCGGUAUAUUUGAUCACAACGUGCUCCUUGGCGGCAUUUGUGGUCCAUCGAAAAGUAGAGAUUGAGAUGUCUAAGCUACAAAAAGGGACCAAUGUUGUGCGGCCGUGCUUCAACAUUGCGUGCCAGUUGGACAAGGUUGCCGUCACCGACUGGGUUCCCAAGUCCCUCUUCGAAGUCGAUCACGCGUGGGCCCUGGCCAUAGAGGAGACCAUGCAAAAGGAUAUUACCGAGCUGCUCGCCUCCAAACAGAGCCUCAACCAGCAGGCGCUCCGGGUCCAGCGAAACAUGUACGAGGAUCGUGCAAGAUGGGCAGAAAGUCACACACGCGUGCUCGAAUACCUACAUGAUCUCGAGGAGUCGAGAGAUACCAUCGAACAAUACGAACGCGACUCGGAGAAGACAUACGAACUGUCAGAAAUGGCCCAACAGGCAGUGGCAAAACUGACGGUGAAAGUGCACGAGUAUGAACGGCGCAUAGCCGAUCUUGAAAGCGCCUACAAAGCUGAAAUUGCCAAUUGCCACUCAAUGCUCGCAGAAGCCGAGCAGAACAACCGCAAUGUGCUUGCAAAGGUCACUGCAGUUGUCGCGGCUGGUAAUCUUCCGCCUUCAGUUUUGAAGAAAGUCUCUCCACCCCCGGCUCCUAUCCGAGAACCUCGUGUGUGCGACCAAGCGCUCGUACUCACCACCUCUUGCGACCAGGAACCAAUGGAGAUGACGCCUACAAACGAUUUUGGCGAAACUUAUCAGAAUACCCUGCUGAACCACCCGGUGUUCCAACCCAACUAUGCGUUAGAACGAGUAAAAAAGCGGCUCGGUAUUUGCGUCAAAUGCGACUCGGAACAUUUCCUCCCCACGGUCGAAGUUCCAGCUAUCAAGGAAGUGGGAGCUGGAUUAUGGUCAAAGGUCGAAAAGUUUUAUCAUCGCCAGGAGUACAAUGUGGUUAUGGAAAACCGGUAUCGGAAUCGACGCCACUUUACAAUAAAUGAAAUGAACCAUGUUCGCGAGAUGUUUGAAACCUGGAUCAAGACUACGGAAUCACAAGAACAACGCGAGCGUGCGAUACGCGUCAGGAAUGCCAUCUUUGAACAGGAAAAUGAGCUCCUUGUUCCGAGACAUACACCCUUCCUGCCCGUUCUUCUCGACAUGGCUGAAGCGUCAAAACCAGAGGCUCCUUUUAUCAUCUUCACCGAACUCAGCCCGUGUGCGCUCUCGCAUGCUUGUGGGUACACCCCAUGCGAGGUCCUUACGGGCAACUCGGAUCAGCCUUGGCAAUACUGGUUGCUGGAAUGGUACCCACAAAAGACGUGGCACAGGCUGAAGGAUGUAGCGAGAGAUGACCAAUCCCACCGAUACCAAAUAUGCAAAGAUUAUCAUGCGACUCUCAAGCGCUAUUUCGGUGAUCGUCCAGAACUUUUGCAGCGCAUUACGCCAAAGCACGCAACGAGUAUGGGUCUAAAGUGGGAUUAUACACUCCUAUUCCGAAGGGUCAUGGAAAAUCUUGGACUUAUCCCGUUCCGGCACAAAAGUACAAUAGGCACAUUCCGGCCCGUCCACGUCAAGUGCGAGGAUGGUACGACGCGUCUCGAGCUUCCACCAGAUUGGGAGUUACCGGAGCUCUGUCCUCCUCUUCGGUACGGCCAUCCGGAUUUCAUGGUGGAUCUCGCCGUACGAGUCAGAUGGCGGCAACGGCAAAUCGAACUCGGACAACGCCCUCUGCUCAUCGAUACUCUAUUAGAACCCCCCGAGCCUGCGCCGUCCCCUAGGUUGGAACCUGCGGAGCAGGCUUCCGAGUCUUCCUCACCAUCCUCCCCAACACCUCGAACGCCUCCUUUGGACCGAGUCGAAGGUGCCCUUCCUGAAUACCCAAACCCGUCAUCAUCAUCUAUCAAACCCCAACCUGCUCCGAGUGAAGACUCGCCUGGGACACACUCGGAGGAAUUAUAA